UGCCAACACAUGAAGCCACUGUUUACCAGUGCCCUGUAUGAACUCUUCAUCCCUGUCACACCAGACUUCAUUAUCAUCCUCAGUGGAUAGUAAGUGAAAAAUAACAGCCAUACAUGAUCUGAUCACUAUUUCACAUCCUGGUGUAAAAACCAGGGAGUGGACCUGACCUGCCUGAUCAGUAACAGUACAGCGUGAGCUAAUAAAGAGCAUGCAGCAACAGUUCACUCACAGCCUGUCAUAAUCCACUCUUGAAAUAUGUUAAAACCAGGCGUCAGUUUCUAGGCUGUCUGAGACAUUCUUCAUUGCCACAUAAAAACUCAGAUGUGAUCUGAGGGUGCGACUGGAGCUACUGGAGCUACACAAAGAGAAGUCAAGCGAGCCGCUGUUCCUCAACAAGAGAGAAACAAGUGUUUUCAACAACAUGAGAGCUGCUUCUUACACCUCGAAGAGCCUGCAGGUUAGCGGCUCAAACAGCAGGGUUAGGGUUCAGAGUCCAUCGCCCUCCCGAUGUCGUGGAUCCUCUUACGACAGUCGUGGUCGCACCGGUUAUCGUGGCACUGCUGUCGAGCUGGGCACAGAGAUCCACCAGCAGCAUGCCAAUGAGAAAGAGGAGAUGCAGGAGCUCAACGUCAAGUUUGCAGGAUACAUCGAGAAGGUCCAGGCACUGGAGCAGAGGAAUGCUGCCCUUCAGGCUGAGCUGGCUGCACUGCAGGGCCGCUACAAAGGAGGCCCCACAGGGAUCGGAGAAGAAUAUGAGCUCAAGUUUAAAGAGGUGCGAGAGCUGAUUGAGACCCUGACUAAUGAGAAGGGAGCAGCUGAUAUUGAGCGGGGCUACAUCGAAGAAGAGGUUGAAGUGUGGAGACUUAAGCUGGAGGAAGAGCUGGCUCUCAAAGAAGAGGCCGAGAUGAUCCUGAGGGAGUUUCGUCAGGACGUCGACAAUGCCACACUGCAGAAGGCUGAGCUGGAGAAGCGUAUAGAGCAACUGGUGGCUGAGAUAGAGUUCCUCAAAAAGCUGCAUGACGAGGAGGUGGCUGAUAUCAUGAAGCAAAUCGAGGACUCAAAGAUUACUGCGGAGCUUGAUGGUGACCGGCCUGACCUGGCUGCUUACCUGCGCAACAUGCGUGCAGAGAUAGAAGCUGUUGCUGCCCGUAACGUCCAGGAAGCCGAGAAGUGGUACAAGAGCAAGUUCGACACCCUCAAAGAGCACGCCGGCAAACACGAGGAGCAAAUGAAGACCAUGAAAGACGAGAUCUCGACCUUCCACAACCAAGUGACGGACCUGCAGAAUCAGAUCGAUGGGCUGAGAGCUCGCAACGCGGCCCUGGAGCAGCAGCUGGAGGACAUGGAGAUGGCCCACAUGGAUAAGGUGGGGACCCUCGAGGGUGUCAUUGCUCAGCUGGAGGCCCAGCUCUGCGAAACCAAGCUGGAGAUGACCAAGUAUCUACAAGACUACCAGGAACUGCUGCACAUUAAGCUCAAGCUGGAUGCGGAAAUAGCCACCUACAGGAAGCUGCUGGAAGGGGAGGAGGUGAGGCUGGGAAUUACCAAAGAUGCCUGAAUGUCCCCUGACAUAAGUGGAGUCCAUAAUAGUAGCAAAGAAGACAAGCAGAGAAUCAGGAGAUCAGCUAAUCCUACUUAAAAAGACUUUAAAUUUAUCCCCAUCUUUCUCCUAAUUUACCUUCUUUACUCCAAGAACUGGGUAUUGUUUGAAAUGUUUCAAAUAACGUUUCGGAUCAAACUCAACAUUUGUUGCCAUCUUGAACUUGGAAGUCUUUAGAUACUUGGCACUUUAGACACGUUUGCUUGGUACUCUAAAAGUAUUGAGUUUUGAUACCCAGCACUACUAUCCCUCUACUUACCUUACAUAACCCCAUUACCCUUACGUCUUCUCUUCCAGUGCUUUCUUUCCAGUUCUUCUCAAUUUUUACAUCAUUUCAAAACAUCCCUUUUACUGCCUCCUGCCCCUUUUACUAACCAGCUCUACCUUGUCACUCCUAUUCAUCUUCAGUACACUCCUGAUCUGGUUUUAUCACAGCCCCCAGGUCCCUUGUGUCAUACCCAUUCCCUUUACUUCUCAUACAUUCUUGCAGAGCACACCUUCCCUUUCCCCUGCCAUACCAUGCAUGCUGUUGUCCUACUCUGAUCCCUCCUUUACUAAACACAUUACCCAAACCCAAAUUAAAGCAAAGAAAUGUCGUAAAUGCCACUUGAAUAUUUCAAUUUUGUGAAACAUACCUGUUGACAAAUGACACUAAUGUUGACCAACUGUAACUUAAUAAAGA